AUGACAGAAAUAGCAAAUCUUCUACAGGUUCCAUUAAAACAAGGGACAAACAAAAAGGGUGCAUAUAAUAGAACUAUGAAAGUUCCAGAUGGAAUGAAAGAAUUAGUCCACAUUGUUGCUGGUCUUCAAAAAGAUGUUAAACAAAUGAGAAACGUUUUAACAUUACCAGAAGCUCAAGCAUAUGCCAAACGUCAUGGUCCAAAUUGGGAAGCACACGAAGCAGACAUUACAGGUCCAAAUGGAAAACCUGAUGGUAUAAAUGAAGUUUUCGUUACUGAUGGUCAAGGUAAUAUUAAAGUCAUAAAUGGUUAUAAAUUAACUAUAUCUGAUUAUCCUAAACGUAAAGCAUAUAAUGAACGUUAUCCUAUGCAAUUUGAUGAAAAUGGAAAAGCUGUUAAACAAUACAUUGGAGAAGGUGAAAAUGGUCCAAUUAAUUCAUACCGUCAUAAUCCAUAUUCUUAUUUCAAUGAAGAAUUAAAUGCUAUUGAAGAGGGACCGGAUGGAUUACCACGAUAUUCUAACCAGUUUGAUGGUCAAUAUGCAAAUUUGAGACCUGAAAUUUCAGCUAAGAAAUUCUUUAAAGUUGCUUUAUUCGAUCCAGUUUUCGCAAAUGUUAAGGAUGAACUUAAACAGCAAUUCCAACCAAUUAUAGUAGCAAGAAUUGCAUCAGGUGCUUUAUCUCAAGCAUUCAAAGAUUUAAUUAAGAAACCAUUAUAUCAGCAACGAGGUUUAACUUAUGAUUUAGUUAAGGAAUCAGAUAAAAGAAAAUUUGAGAAAUCAAAUGAUUAUAAGAAUGCAAUUAAUGAAUAUAUUCGGUCUAUUAAUUUCGAUGAAAAUGCUAAAAAUCAACUUCAUGAACAAAUACAGGGAAUAAUAGAUUCAAAAGUUCCAGCAAAAUAA